UCAACCAUUUCUAGCUGCGCAGAUGAGAAAAGCCCUCUUUAAACCCUAUUCCGCCGCUUUCUUCAAAAUCCACACAUCCCCAAUUGUAUCCUCCCUCAAAUUCUCAUCCUCAUCCACUCCUCUACCGCCGCCAGAAUGGGUGCACCCUUUCACCGACCUCUCCGACGUCAUCUCCGCCGCCGACCGGAAAAUCUCCCCGUGGAUCCCCAAAAUCCACCACCUUUUGCAAAACACCAUCAAUUUCGAGCAGGAUUUAACCAUCUUCUGCGAUAAAUACCUAAUCAGACUCCCGCCCCCUUUCACCGCCCACAUCCUCAAGACCUCCACUCAGCUCCCGAACCGGGCCGAGAUCGCGUUCCGGUUCUUCAAUUGGGCCGGUGAGCAGAAAGGGUACGCUCACAAUCUCGAAUGCUUCGUUCAAUUGAUCGAAAUUUUGUGUUUGGAGGGCGAUUUCGUGAGGGCUAGGUCAGCUUUCGAUGAGAUGAAAAUUAGGGGCUUUUUGAUGAAUUCAGUGGCUGCCAAUUCCCUAAUUAGAAGCUUUGGCAAUGGGGGAAUGGUGGAGGAGCUUCUGUGGGUGUGGAAGAGAAUGAAGGAUACUGGGAUUGAACCCUCGUUGUAUACAUACAAUUUCUUGAUGAAUGGCCUUGUGAAUUGUAUGUAUAUUGAGUCUGCAGAGAGGGUUUUGGAGGUGAUGAAGAAGGGGAGGGUGAAGCCAGACGUUGUGACUUACAACACCAUGAUCAAAGGCUACUGUAAAUCAGGGAAUCUGAGGAAGGCCAUUGAUGAGUUUGAAGCUAUGGGGGUGAAAAAUGUGGCUCCGGAUAAGAUCACUUUCUUGACUCUGAUGCAGGCUUGUUAUGCAAAGGGGGAUUAUCAUCUGUGCUCGAGGCUUUACAACGAGAUGCGGGAUAAACAGGUUGAGAUCCCUCCCCAUGCGUAUAGUUUGGUGAUAGGAGGGCUCUGCAAGGAGGGGAAGGCGAUGGAGGGGCACGCCGUGUUUGAGAGCAUGAUUGGGGCGGGCUGUGAGGUGAAUAUGGCUGUGUACACAGCCUUGAUUGAUGCGUACGCGAAGAAUGGGAGCUUGGACGUGGCGAUGGAGCUGUUCAGGAGUAUGCAGAGGGACGGUCUUGUUGCAGAUGAGGUCACCUAUGGUGUGAUUGUGAAUGGCUUGUGCAAGAAUGGGAGGUUGGAGGAGGCAAUGGAAUGGUUCGACUAUUGCAAACGGGAGGGUGUGGCUGUUAAUGCCAUGUUGUAUUCGAGCCUCAUUGAUGGCCUUGGGAAGGCGGGGCGUGUUGAGGAGGCAGGGAGGCUGUUUGAGGAGAUGACUGGGAGAGGCUGCCCGAGAGACUCCUAUUGCUAUAACGCGCUCAUUGAUGCGCUGGCGAAGAAGGGAAAGGUGGAGGAGGCGGUGGCGCUGUUCGAGAGGAUGGAGGAGGAAGGGUGUGAUCCGACCGUGUACACGUACACCAUCUUGAUAGAUGGCUUGUUUAAGCAACAUAGGAAUGAGGAAGGUUUGAAGGUGUGGGAGGCGAUGAUCGAGAAGGGGAUCACACCCACGGCCGCCUCGUUUAGAGCCCUAGCAACGGGGCUGUGUUUGUCAGGGAAGGUGGCGAGAGCGUGCAAGAUCUUGGACGAGCUGGCGCCGAUGGGGGUUGUGUUGGACAGUGCUUUUGAGGAUAUGAUCAACGUGUUGUGUAAGGUGGGGCGGGUGGUGGAGGCGUGCAGGCUGGCCGAUGGGGUGGUGGAUCGCGGCCGGGAGAUUCCGGGGAGGGUUAGGACUGUGAUGAUCAAUGCUUUGAGGAAGGCGGGAAAUGCGGAUUUGGCUAUGAAGUUGAUGCACAGCAAGAUUGGAAUAGGGUAUGAUAGGGUAAAAAGUGUCAAGAAACGAGUGAAAUUUCGAAAUUUGGUUGAGAGGUGAAGAUGUCUUGCCUGAUUUGCCAGUUUUUUAUUCAUGAUAGUGUCAUUUUUUAAAAA